UCGCGUGGACUUCGGCAGCCGCGCCUUAUUGGCGAGGCUGUUGCGAGACGACGCGUCGAAUUUCUCGGCGUGCACAGAUCAGCGCUGGAUCAGCAGGUUUCAGACGGCGAGGAGCUUCCGACAGCUGUGCCAGGAAACUAUAUGGGAGCGGUUCGUUUGCGGGCGCGUGAUGGAGGUUGUGAGUUCGGCGAGUGUGAGGGUGGAUGCACGGACUUACCGGUCGUUUUUGGGCGAAAACGCGUCUGACGGGAGGGAGUUAGAUUGAACGAGGUCAAAAUUGAGGACUUGAGCAGGAGGGUGCCGUGCCGCUACCUGAAGGACGCGUUUUUUCAGAUGUGUUGGGUGUUAGACAACAUGGACGCGGGGGCGUGCUUGCUGGAGGUGGUGCCGAACAGAGAGGCGAAGAUGCACUUGACGUCGAUGUUGAUCAAUUACAGGUUGGCGCAGGGUCGCAGGAACAGGGUGAUGUGCGUGUCGAGCGACGAGGUGGAGCUGAAGAUGCAGUACGAGUGGUGCGAGCUGGAGUCGUCGAAACAGGCGGCGUUUUGUGCGAAUCGCUUUGACAGCUCGCUGCUGAAGGACGAGUCGACGCGCGUGAUUUUUUUGAGCUACGGGGUGUGCACCGAGGCCGUCUUGAGGGACAGGGAGACCUGGACGGUGAUACUGGACGAGCCGAUCAAGGGGAUGGCCGAGAAGUGCGCGCUUAUGAACUACGUUUUUUCGGGGGGUGACUAUCAGUUGGUGAAGGUGUUGACGCAGAGCGAGUUGCAGGAGAGGGCCGUCGCCGAGCUGAGGAAGUUGCGGAUGAACCCCCGCUUCUGUGCGUACGCUGCGCCAAAGAAGUCCUGCCAGGUGUCUGACGCCACGGGCUCGAGGUGGCAGUCGUGGGAGGUUUUAGAACAACCCGCAGCAGAGCGAGUCGAAAAAUACAUUCAGGACAUGUUUCGCUGCGUGAUAGUGGCGUGUACGCUUUUUUUUCACAGCCGCCGAUACAACGACAACUGGGACGGGCCCCGCCACUGCCAAUUCGAGUACGUGCGCAUGUUCGACCCUUGUUUGGACAUGUUGGCAUCCAUUGAGGCCGAUUCCGACGACACGUCCGACGAGCCCGAUUUUCACAUUUCCUUCCACGAACACUCUAUGAACGAAUACUUGAAGUACUUGAAACUCUCGUCCUCAUACUUCUCCCCGCUCAUGUCCCGCUUGUCCCAGCUCCAAAAGCUGUGCAAGUCCGAUCGGUUCGUCCAGUCGGUGUCUCACCUCCUCAACAUGCUCUCCGCACUCGAAUGCGCCUCCAUCUUCGAAAUUCCAGAAAAGCCUCUCUUCGAGCUCUCCAGGUCGAUGCUCGAGAGCGUCAAGCUCUUCUACCCGAACCAGAGGUCUGGCUCCGUCCUUCAGAACCCCUAUAUGUUCGUCACCGACCACGUCAAGUCCCAGCUGCAAAAAAACAGCUUUCAACAGUCGAAGUUCUCCAAACUGUGCCAAAUUCUGAGCCACUCCGAAAUCCAGCUCCUCAUUUGCGUCCUCUCUCACAGAACCGCCCAGCACCUCUCCCAGUGUCUCAGAAUACACUCCCGGCGCACGACCGACCACCAAGCACCGCAAUUCCUCGUCGUCCCCUUCGCCAGCGACGGACAGGACAACCCCAUCUGCGUCCUCCUCGAAUUCCUGAGGUUCAAGGGCAUCCAACAACCGGAAUACGAAAUCUACCAAACCAACGAAGGCCUCUUCACCUGCAUCUGCAAGUUCCGCAACGAAAACGGCGUCGAGCGCACCUUCGAAGCCACCUGCAACUCCAAAAAAAAGGCCAAAACGGCCGCCGCCCAGUCCGCCGUCGACUACCUCUCUUCUAUCUCCCCCUCCAACGCCUCUAUCAGCUAA